CUUGCCUUUGGAUUGGGCUUUGGAAGUUUUGUCCAUCAAAAGGAACCUUCCUGGAAGAUUCCGGCCAUGGUAUGCGCGGGAUUUUGGGGUUUUACCGCUUUCACUGUGGAUCAAGAAGGCCUCUUUGGGUUUAUCCCCAAUCAUAUUAUGAAUUACUGGCGCAAUCAAGUCUUUUAUGACCUUCUGUUUUCGGCCGGUCUCUUUUGGUUUGCCCUUGCCAAACGUGCCAAGAAAGUCGGAAUGCCUUUGUUACCCUGGUUCAUUUAUGUCGUUAGCGUUGCAAGCCUUGGAGGAUUGAACAUGUAUGCUCGAAUCUUGUACCUUGAAGAACAGCAAGGUAAAUUGGAUGAUUGUCCUGUGAAUGUCAACAGUCGUCUCCUCUAA